GCCUCAGGGCGCGGGGCCGGGCGUAUGCCAGGGAUCUUGUGUGUGUGGCCUCAGAUCUGUCAGAGGCAGUGAGCGUGCAGCGGUCCUGUUGGCGUCAUGUCGUUCUGCAGCUUCUUCGGGGGCGAGGUUUUCCAGAACCACUUUGAGCCGGGUGUCUAUGUGUGCGCCAAGUGUGGCUAUGAGCUCUUUUCCAGCUGCUCAAAGUAUGCACAUUCGUCUCCAUGGCCAGCCUUCACCGAGACCAUCCAUGCUGACAGUGUGGCCAAGCGUCCAGAUCACAAUCUGCCUGAAGCCUUUAAGGUCUCCUGCGGCAGGUGUGGCAAUGGUUUGGGCCAUGAGUUCCUGAACGAUGGCCCAAAGCGGGGGCAGUCCCGCUUCUGAAUAUUCAGCAGUUCGCUGAAGUUUGUCCCUAAAGGCAAAGAAACUUCAGCUUCCCAGAGGAAGUAGGCGAGCAGCCCUCACCCACCCCAGAUGGGCACUGCGUGGUGGCCACACUCUGGCUCUCCCCACUUGGAACUGGAGCCCCGGACAUUCAGACGGGGAAGGCGGGGUGGCUGAAACAUCAGGAAGGCUCCCAAGGCUUUGGCUCUGCACAGGCUCUCUUUGGGAAAAGCGCUGGUUUGCUACCUGUGUCCUAUAUCCCACUGCCAGGACAGACCCAGCUGUUGGCUUAUCUUGGCCUCUGACUUACACAGGAGCCUCAGGGACAUGGGUUUAGGCCUGGCUCAUCUGUGAAUGAUAGUGUACCCCCACCUUCACUUCUCAGCCCACUGCCCCCUCUUUGCUUGUCUGGACUCACUCCUUCAGGGCUCAAUUCUGAGAUGGGCUCUGGCUGUUGCCAAAGCUGGUGUCCAUCUCCCUCAGUCUGUGCUAGGCGACAGAGUGCAAACAGAGGUGUCCCCAGCCGACUGCUCUAACCCCAGUCACUACAUGAUUUGCUCUGGUUAAACCUUCCAAGCAGCCAGAGUGCUGAUGAUCCGUGACCCAUGGGGAGAGCGGGCCGAGAGGACAGACCUCUGGUCUCUCAGUUAUGAGAGGAGAAAUCCUGAACCCUGUUUCACCAUCUGUGUGGCUGUUGCUUACCUCACUCGGGCUUAGGAAAGCAGUGAUUGCUCCAUCACCUUGACCGCACAAGGCUGGGGGCUCUGGAGCUCACAGCCUACUACAGUUCACACCUUCCCAGGGCACAAUGACGAUGCCUUACCGCACACAUGCUGAAAUUCUUACCAUCUGAGAAGGUGGGUGAUGCUCCCUCCCAUCUCGAAUGCUCUCUGGAGUAAUCAGGAGAUGAUGAAUAAACACAUGAAAUCUAA